AGUUUUCUCUCAAGGUGCAUUGUAGGUGGUUGAUAGAACUUAAUUUGGAGCGAUCAUGGUGGAAGCAGGAAAUGAUAAUUGGAACCUCAAGAACACAGCAACAAGAACUUUUCCAGUGCCGAAUGUUCAAUCCAUUGCCGAUGCUUCAGAUAACUGCACUGAGAUCCCAGAGAAGUAUGUUAUACCUGAGAUCAAUGAUAGUCUUGUUUUGAAUGGUGCUGCUGCUGGUCCCGGUGACCUUCCAAUCAUAGAUUUCAGUAGACUUUGUAAGCAAUCUGAGGAAGAGAUAGCGAAGCUCAGCUUGGCAUGUGAAGACUGGGGAUACUUUCUGCUUAUUAACCAUGGAGUUCCUGAUGAAGCCAUAGAGAAUAUGAAGGUUGCGAUCAUUGAGUUCUUUCGAUUGCCUUUGGAGGAGAAGAAAGUAUAUGCAAAACAACCAAACACUGGAUUUGAAGGCUAUGCCCAAACCUUUGUCAUCUCAGAGAAACCGAAAGUCGUGAGUGGGGAAAAGUACAUCCUUUCUACUAGAACAGUUGCUGGGAGGAACAUGAAACUCUGGACCCAAAAUCCACCCACAUUCAAGGAUGCAUUGGAUCAGUACACUGAAGAAAUUCAGAAAGUGGCAAACACUGUGUUUGAGUCAAUAGGAAAGAGCUUGAAACUUGAUAAAUUCAUUGACAAUUUUAAGGAUUGCCAGCAAUCUGUAAGGAUUAACUACUACCCUCCAUGUCCUCAUGCAAGCAAUGUGCUGGGAAUACCCCCACACACUGAUACUGUAGGCCUAACAGUGGUACUUCAAGUGAAUGAAGUUCAUGGAUUGCAGAUUAAAAAGAAUGGUGUUUGGCUUCCAAUCAAUCCACUCCCUGGUGCUCUCAUUGUCAACAGUGGAGAUAUCAUUGAGAUAAUGAGCAAUGGGAAAUACAAGAGCCUUGAACACAGGGCUGUUGUAAAUUCAGAGCAAGAACGCUUUUCGAUUGCCACAUUUCAUGGCCCGAGGGCUGAUGCACAGAUAGGCCCACUUCCGGCAGAGACACCCGCAAAGAGUGAACCAUUUUACUAUAAGACUGUUAGCUUCCAGGAUUAUUCUAGGAUGGUCUUUGCUCAUAAAGAUGAUGGGAAAAACAUCUUGGAUUAUAUGAAACUAGAAGUUUAAUCACCCCUGAUGCAUGUCUUACUAUGUUAUUACUUGAUGUAAUGAAAAUAAAGUAGACAAAAUGAACUUAAAGAUAAUGCAGAAUUGAGGUCUUCAA